CACACAUCUCUUCCAAUCUAUCUCAUUCACUACGUACUAAACACACAGAUAAACGCAUACACAAACUUACCAAAAAUGCUUCUUAGAAUCACAUAUUCCAACACCAAAAUGUUCUUUAAAAGGACACUAGAAAACUUCAAAUUGUAUUUUCCAAAGGGCUACCAAAGGCUACCCAAAACCCCACCAUGCAACCCCUUCUCAUGCACCGGUAGUCGCGGUGUUAACACAAACCAUUUCACCCACAGCUAUAGGGAACCCGAAAUAAUGACAACCGACCACCGUAAAACCAUGAGCAACUAUAUAGUUGAUAGCAAAAGACCGAAAGCGAUCACUAAUAUACAUCAUGAUGGAAACGAUGAAAUAAAAGGUUCAUCAAAGUGUUUGGUUACAAGAAAGUUAAAGGAGUUAGAGACGAUGGAGGCAGCUAACGUCGAUCUUGUUCAUGAUAUCGAAGAAGUUCUUCAUUACUAUUCUCGAUUAACUUGUCCCGUUUAUCGUGACAUUAUGGAGAAGUUUUUUGUGCAAAUGUAUUCUGGGACAUUCAAUUUUUCUGGUGUUAAUUAG